CUCGUCUGCUUAACAGAGAACUACUCAACCUCAAGCUUUUCUAAGUUUUCUCCAAGCUAUUGAAGCACAAAUGGGUGAUCUCAUCCUUUCUCCCGUUGUUGAUACCACCAUAUCCAAGCUGAUUUCAGCUGCUGCCGGGCAAAUCAACGAUGCGGUCAGGUGGAAGAAAGAACUUGUCCUGCUUCAAGACAAGCUAACAAUGAUUCAGGCUGUGUUGCAAGAUGCUGGACAAAGGCAAGUGACAGACCCGGCUGUGAAGCGAUGGCUCCUCAAGCUCAGGGAAGUGGCUGAUGAUGCUGAUUACACACUGGAUGAAGUUGCUUAUGAAAGUGUGAAGCGCAGGGUGAAGAUUCAAAAUCAGAUGAUGAAAAAGGUGCGUUACUUUUUUACCCCCAACAAUCCCUUAGCAUUUGGCUUAAGGAUGGCUCAUAAGAUUAAGAAAGUGAUCGCAAUGGUGGAUGGUAUAAACAAUGAGGCCCAAUGGUUUGGACUUCAAUCCAGACUUGCUACCACUAACUAUCAACAAAGAAGAAAUUUACAGACCCACUCUUUUAUUGGUGCUUUCUCACAAUUUGUGGGGAGAGAAGAUGAUGUCUCAAAAAUAGUGCAGUUGUUGACUGAUCCAACUAAUGAACUACCCCUAUGUGUCCUGUCUAUAGUGGGUAUGGCUGGUCUUGGCAAAACUACUCUAGCACAAUCUGUGCGUAGUCAUGACCAAAUUCAAAACCAUUUUGGUAAAAUAAUGUGGGUUUGUGUGUCUGAAAAUUUUGAUGUAGAGAGGAUUUUAGCAGAAAUGUUGGAGUCUCUUACCAAGAAAUCUGGUGCAAUCAGGAACAAAGACACUGUGGUUCAAGAGAUAAGAUCAACUAUUGGGGAGAACAAUUAUCUUCUCAUACUGGAUGAUGUGUGGAAUAAAGAGAGUCAGAAAUGGGAAGACUUGAAGAGGUGUUUGUUGGGGAUGUGUAAGACGUCAGGGAAUAGAGUUGUUGUAACAACUCGAGAUAAAAAUGUUGCAUUGACAAUGGGAACACUUCCUGGCCACAUGCAUCAUCUUGAGCUACUUAAAGAUGUUGAAUGUUGGUCUAUAAUUAAGAUAAAAGUAUUUGGAGAUGCUUCUAAACAUCUAGAUUUAGAAUUGGAGAAUAUUGGAUGGGAUUUUGCAAGAAAAUGUAGAGGUGUGCCAUUAGUUGCAAGUGUUGUAGGGGGGAUUUUAUGUACCAAAAGGCCAGAUAAAGCUGAAUGGUUGCCAAUCAAAAGCAAGAUUGAUGCACUGGGUUCACUUGAAUAUCAGGAUGAUGGAAUUAUGCAGAUAUUACAAUUGAGUUUUGAUAACUUGUUGAAGCCAGGUUUGAAGCAAUGUUUUGCAUUCUGUUGUAUUUUUCCCAAAGAUUAUGUCAUGAAAAGGGAGACUUUAAUUCAGCUAUGGAUGGCAGAAGGGUUCCUUCCAUUGCCUGAAGAAACUUCUAUAAUGCUAGAGGAUAUUGGUGAUGAGUAUUUCAAUGACUUGUUAUCAUAUUCUUUAUUUCAAGAGGGGUGGAGAGAUGCAUUUGGGAGCAUUGCUGGUUGUAAAAUGCAUGAUUUGAUUCAUGAUUUUGCACAGACUAUUUCAAAAUAUGAGACAGUGAUUUUGAAGACUCUUUGUUCAGGGAGCAAUAUUUCUAGUUUUAGACAUUUGAAUCUCAUCUGUGAUCAGCAAAUGGUGCCAACAACUUUAGGAGAUGUUGCUCAGUUACACACUUUGUUUUCAGAGCAUGGUUUUCCCCGCGGCAUGUCAGGGAAUUUUAAAAGGUUACGGGUUCUCAAUUUUCCUAAUGCUUUUGAUGCUGAAGAAUUGCCAGCAUGUUUUAGCAACAUGAAGAGUUUGAGAUACUUAGACCUUUCUAGAACUCAAAUAAAAGAAUUGCCCAGGUUCGUUACCAAUCUAUACAAUUUACAAACAUUUAAAUUUCUAAGUUGCAGAUCUCUCAAAAUGCCUCCUGGAGGAAUAGGAAAUUUAAUCAACUUGAGGCAUGUCUACUUCAAUCAUGAAAAUUGUAUGCCUACAAACCUUGGGAGAUUGACAAAUCUUCAAACAUUGCCAUUGUUCUUUGUGGGUGCAACAAAGGGGCGUAAAAUUGAAGAAUUGGAAUGUUUACGCCGACUGAGAGGAAGAUUAGAGAUCCGUAACCUUGAACUUGUUAAAGACAAAUCAGAAGCCAUGAGAGCAAAAUUACAUGAGAAGGCAGUUAAUGAUCUGAAUAUGACAUGGGGAAAAGAAGGCAAUCAUGAUGAAGAUGUUUUGGAAGGCCUCCGACCACACUCAAAUCUGCAAAGAUUAGAUAUUUAUGGUUAUGGAGGUAAAAACUUACCGUCAUGGAUGACAAGCAACUGUAGCUACAGUAAUGAAAUGUUUUUGAUCAAGAAUUUGGUGAAAUUGCACAUUAGAGGGUGCAAGAAGUUAGAAAGCAUUCCUGCAAUGAAAGAACUUUCAUCCCUUCAGCUGCUUUAUAUUGGCAAUUGCAAUGAAUUAACUACUAUAGCUGAUGAAGCAUUUGUGACAUUUGAGUCCCUGCAAGAGUUAAUCAUAGGAAAUUGUCCUAAGCUGGGAAGUGUUCCAACAAGUGGGUUACAAUCACUUCUGAAACUCUCCAUUUUCAAUUGCUCUAUAAGCAGCAUCGGAGAUAUACUAGCAGCCUCCAAGUGCCUUAAGUCCUUAUCUCUGGGAGAGCUGCCUAAUUUGGGGUUUAUUCCAAGUAUUGAUGGGCUUACAUCUCUUCAGGACAUUGCUCUGUCUGAGCUUCCUAAUCUGAGGUCUAUUCCAAGUCUUGAUGGGCUUAUCUCCCUUCAGACCAUAAAACUGUCUAAGCUUCCUGAUCUGAGGUUUAUUCCAAGUCUUGAUGGGCUUACUUCCCUUCAGUCCAUAUAUCUGUUUGUGCUGCCUAAUCUGAGGUUUACUCCAAGUCUUGAUGGGCUUACCUCUCUUCAAAAUUUAUUUUUGUCUGAAUGUGAAAUAGAGUGUCUACCUAGUGGGCUAUCAUCCUGCACAGCUCUUAAAAUACUGUACGUAAAUAGCUGCCAUAACCUGAUCUCUAUUCCAGAAGAAUUGAAGGAAUUGCAUUCUCUUGUUGAGUUAACAAUUGUAGAUUGUUCAAAAUUGAGAAGCAUCCCAGAGAAGCCUAUCGCGUGCCUUACUAGCUUGAAAAAGUUGAAUAUUGGUGGUUUUUGCGAAGAGCUAGAGGAAUUCCCUGGACUUGGUUCCAUUCUCUACCUGAAGACCUCGCUCGAAGAGUUGCGGUUGUAUGGAUGGAAAAAAGUAACUACGUUGCCACCUCAAAUUCAACACCUCACUGCUCUAAAGGAGUUGUUUAUUAGUAAGUUUGAUGAAGUGGAAACAUUGCCAGAGUGGUUGGGAAACUUAUCCUCCCUAAAAGAAUUGCAUGUUGAUUCUUGUUCUGGAUUAAGAUAUCUAUCGAGUGGGCUGUCAUUCUCCACUGGUCUCGACAGACUUGCCAUACAGGAUUGUCCUAAUCUUGUCUCUAUUCCAGAGGACGUUAUCGGCCAUCUUACUCAGUUGAAGAGCUUGUCGAUUGGUGGUUUCUCAAAAGAGUUGGAGGAAUUUCCGGGUCUGAAUUCCAUCAACACCUCCCUUGAAGACUUGCAAUUGUAUGGUUGGGAAAAGCUAAGUCAGUUGCCUCAUCAAAUUCAACACCUCAAUGCUCUACAGUACUUGUCGGUAUCCGGAUUUGAUGGAGUGGAAGUCUUACCAGAGUGGUUGAGAAACUUAUCCUCCCUUGAAUAUCUAGUUGUUAGAAGUUGCAAGAAUCUGAAACAACUGCCUUCUGCGGAAGCCUUUCGACGACUCUCCAAAUUGCUGUCACUUGACAUUUAUGGCUGCCUCUUGUUAGAGGAAAGAUGUGCCAAGGAAAGCGGUCCUGAGUGGUCCAAGAUUUCUCACAUUCCAAACAUCCACAUAAAUGGCAAGUCCUUCUAAUCCCAAGAUUGAGGUUUGCGAGAGGCAACAGGCAUAGAAUUACUUUUCCCUUGAAAAAACAUAGACACUAUUUGCCUUAAAACACCAAACUGACCCUCAUCCAAGAAGCAAGCAAUAGCAGAGGAAUGGAAUAAAAGUAGCUUCACCAAGCAAAAGAUGAUUUUGGAUGAUCUUGGAGGUGCUCAAUUUUAAUCAAUUAGGAACAUACCUUGUAUCUCUCAUGUCUGUCUUUGAAGGAAAACUAUUACAGAUAUGUAGAAGCAUUCCACCUGUUGGACUUUUAGGGGUAAUAAGGGGGUUGAGAUAGUGGAUUUAGAGGAGAAGGAGAGUGACACCCGGAGUUACCUCAUAUGGUGAGGUGAGAACCCAUUUUCUUCAUUCAACUUCUUCCAUUAUAUAGCAGAAAUCUCAUAAUACAUCAACAGUAAUUUCAACCUGAUACAAUAAAAUCUAUCAAACAUUUAAAGCAAGAUUACAUGCAAAAGAUUUGCAACCAUUUUGUUCAGCUCCAUGUGGCUGUCACUUUGUUGCCACUGUGUUGUUGUUGCAGCUCCCACGUCUUUUCAUUUGCUGCCACUGUGUUGCAGCUUUGACACCACAACUCCAACACUCC